GCUACAAUAUGAUGGUCUGGGAUGGUACAGACAACUCAUCGUGCAUCCUAAAGAAACCACGGUGUUACAGCUUGGGGGAAAACCUGAUGACAAGACAGACAGCAAGGGAGAAACACAGAAAGGAGAAGGAGCUGACAUAUGCCAAGAGCCUGAGGAAGAGGAGAUCUUUCCUGAAAACUGAUUAUACCUCACAGGUCACUUUCCCCUUGGCUUUGCCAGGCUCUCUGCAGAGCUGCUGCUCUUGGCCACCACCUGCACCACUCCUUGCUCAGCCUCCCACUCCAUCCUCCUCAGCGAACGUCAAGAAGAAUGUAGAACUGGCACUUCCGGCUGCCACCCAGGCCCAGAGAGACACUGCUAGCACAAACUCAUCCUCUGAUCUGAUGGAAAUGGAGCCUGACGCCAUGGAAACAAAAUCAGUGACUGACUCAGUGGUUUCUUCCAUUUCAGCUGUUCGCCUGCAGGGUGACCAGCACAGGGAGGAGAGUGCAGGCGUUGCCAUAUAUGUGGAUGGUGGCCUCCAACCUGCACAUUCUGCACAUCCACCUCUUCUGUCCCUGGAGGAAGCUCUGCCUCUUCAUGGGGGACAAAGCAGAGCUGCCCAGGAAACUUCCUCCAUGAAGACAAACAUGGCAUGGCUGAGUGAGGAGAGUUCUGUGGCCAGCAGCAGCUGGCUGGCCCAAGUGGCACAGGAGGAAGUGGGUGAGGCAAAGGCAGCCCAGCACAAGGCUAGCAAUGUACCUCCAUUCCUGGGCCAAGAGGUGACCUGCUGCACUAACGAACACACACUGCCACCAUCAGCUUCUGGCCCCACUGUGGCCUCUCCCUAUGAGGUGGCCCAGGACCAGGAACUGCUCUGCACUGCUAGCAGGCAAGCAGCAUGUGAGGAGCUUGUCUCAGCUCUCUGUGAAGAAAGAAAAGCUAAUUAUGACAGCUGUGCUGAAAACAGCAGUGACAGUGCCUUGUCACAGGCAAAAAGCAGACAAGUGAUAAACAAGGAGGUCUUACGGAAAGUGCACAAUAAAAAUCACGUGGGUUUUCCAGAUGCAGCUCAGCUCUUAACAGAUUGCAGCAGCACUUCAGGGGUUAUAACUCGCCUCUCCUGGCUCUCAUUUGGGAUGAGAACAGACCUCGUAUCACCCAGUCCAUCUCAGGAAAGGGUAGAUAUCCCACUAGAGCUUUUGGCCUUUGAGACCAGUGGGUGCCCAGGGGCUGAUGCUGUCAAAUGGGAGAUGCAAACAUCCCCAGCUGGACCAUUGUUGGAGAAGGAGUUGGUAAGCAGCCAAGGGCUGGAUGAAGAAGAGCCCAAAAAAGAUGCAGGAAAUAUGGCUCACGAACAGCCAUGGCCUGUUCAGGUGACGCUUCCCAGAGAACAGGUUACUGAGGUGGGGAAAGACUCUUCUCUGACUCCAUCUUUAGGGCUUUCCAUCUCCUCAGGCCCAAUUCCCUUGGGCUCAUUGGGGAAAAGAGCAGGAGACUGUGGGGCUUCAAAACACUCCUUCCUCUGCUUUAACCACAAGAAGGAUAAGCAGACCCCUUCUGACCCCAUCAUGACCAGGUCCUUGGGUUUUUCCACAAUGAAGAAGAUAUCUCCACCACAACUUGGGAUGGAAAAGUGCAGCUGUCGGCUGUCCUAUAUCAGCUGCUUCCACAGGCCUGAUGAUAAGGGGGAAUGCGAAACCACCAUCCCCAUGUGCAGCACCUUCCUGGGCCCCCUCACCACCCCACCAUCCAGCCGCCACAGUCUUCCUGGGACCCCUGUGGGCCGUUACCCAGUCUCCACUGCUAGGAAUGUAGCAUGGUGGGACCCUCAUGUCCAAGCCCUCAGCCAGCUGAAGGACCAGGCACAGAUGAGCCCUGCAGAUUUCUCCUGCUUCCUAGGCUACACCACAGAGCUUCAGGAGGUUGUGGGGAAGCUCUCUGGGAAUGAAGCAACCCACCUGCAAGAUCAAUGCGCAGAGCUGGGUGCUGAGAGCAAGGGUGCCCUUGGCUUAGCCUCCCAGGACCUGCUGUGCAGUUGCCAGGAGCUCCUGAAAACAGAGCAGCCCCUCAAAGAGCUGCAGGGUGCCCUGAGGGUGACAUUCAAGCACCUGGUUCAGCUGGCAGUGGCCUGCUUCCAGGUGACACAUUGCCAGCUGUGCAGGCAGAGGCAGCAGGAGCUUGGAGCUGCGCUCGUGGAUGUGGUGGGCACCUACCAGCAGCUUGUGCAGGCUGUUCACCAGCAGCUUUGCAGACAAGGCUGCCCGGAUUUGGGUGCCAAGCUCCUCGCUCGCCAACACACAGCCCUUACAGCUGCCAUGUUUUUUCUUCUGCAGCAGUUCAGGGCAGACUCUAAAGUAGAGGGACGUCAAAUCCCACCUUGGCCUGACAUGAAGAACCCAGGCUGCUUUGUCCACCACCUGUGGCUGAUGUGUCUGGACUUGUCAUCUAACUGUGCAUCCCUAGUGAAUCAGUACUCCAGUGCUGGAGGCAUGACCUUGGCCCCCUCUGAUGAGGAGGGCAGAG